AACACAGUUAAUAACGGAGCUUAAGCUGAUUUUUUUUUUCCGUUUCUCCUCUCUCGCUCGGUCGCUUGUAUGAGAACUGUGAAUUCCCGCCAUUAAUCUGAUCUUCUUUACCAACCUUUUCGGCAUUUCCAUAAUUUACCAUUUUCAGGCUCAAUAUCAUCGUUAUCUAUGGAGAGCCAAAUGCGAUCCAACUCCUCGGCUGUCCAAUUCAAGUAGGAUUUCCGAGUUCUGCGAAUCAAGGAACAAUGUCUUGGGGACUGGGAUGGAAGCGGCCAUCGGAGAUUUUUCAUCUCUCGCUCAAUUACGGUACUGAGGACUUUGGUGACGAUCUUAACCGAUCAUCGUCCGCCUCAUCAUUUUCUUCCUCUUCAUCGUCAUCUAUUGGGCCAUAUACGCCGCAGGAUCAGGAAUUAGGGUUUCGGAUUGAAUUGGAUUGGACGGCUGGCGAUGACGAGGACCAAAUAGCGUUGCGGCUGCAGUCACAGCUGAUGGUGGCGUUGCCUUUGCCGCAAGAUGCGGUGGAGGUGGAGCUGAGGGCCGAUGAGGAGGAAAAUGUAGGGGUGCAGAUGAGGGUGUUGAAGAGGAGAGAGCCAUUGAGGGGGCUGAUAAUGGCCAAGGCUACUGGGUCUGGGCAGCAGAGUGACGGUGUUGGGGUUUUGACGCGUUUCUUGCGAUCCAAUAUUGUUGGAGAAAGUGGGAAUGUGGUUGCGGGUCCGGGAUGUGGUGAGCACUGGAGGAGCAUCACAAUGAUCAGCCUAUAUGCCUGUGGAUUGUCGGCAUUGCCAGUUGACCUGACUAAACUGCCCCUUCUUGAGAAGCUAUAUCUUGAUAACAAUAAGCUAUCAGUUUUGCCACCUGAGCUUGGUGAGCUGAAAAACUUGAAGGUUCUGAGUGUUGACAAUAACAUACUGGUUUCAGUUCCUGUAGAACUGAGACAGUGCAUUGAACUUGAGGAAUUGUCUUUGGGACACAAGAAGCUUGUCCGACCUCUUCUUGAUUUCAGGGCUAUGGCUGAGUUACAAAUUCUUAGACUCUUUGGCAAUCCUCUUGAAUUCCUCCCCAAAAUUUUACUGCUACAGAAACUCCGCCAUUUGUCUCUUGCUAACAUCAGGAUUGUGGCUGAUGAAAAUUUAAGAUCAGUGAAUGUGCAAAUAGAGACAGAGAACAAUUCUUAUUUUGGUGCAUCGAGACACAAGCUGAGUGCCUUCUUUUCUCUUAUAUUCCGCUUCUCUUCUUGUCAUCACCCUUUACUGGCUUUUGCACUAAUGAAGAUAAUGCAAGACCAAGAAAAUCGUGUUGUUGUUGGUAAAGAUGAGAAUGCGAUUCGGCAGCUUAUUAGUAUGAUAAGCAGUGACGAUCACCAGGUGGUUGAACAAGCAUACUUCGCUCUCUCCUCUCUUGCUGGUGAAAUUUCUGUGGCAUUGCAGCUGAUGAAAUGUGACAUCAUGCAACCCAUUGAAACAGCACUGAAAUCUGACACACCAGAAGUAGUCAUAUCAGUACUGCAAGUUGUGGGCACUUUGGGCUUUGCUUCUGAUACUGUGGCUCAGAAGAUGUUGACCAAAGAUUUGUUGAGAUCAUUAAAACUGUUAUGCAGCCAUAAAACCCCAGAAGUUCAAAGGUUAGCUUUAUUUGCAGUUGGAAAUUUGGCCUUUUGUUUAGAGAACCGCCGUGUGCUGGUCACGUCUGAAAGUCUGCGGGAACUUCUGUUGCGCUUGAUGAUUGCACAUGAACCAUGUGUGAAUAAAGCUGCAGCUCGUGCCUUGGCAAUUCUUGGAGAAAAUGAAAGUUUACGGCGUGCUAUAAGAGAUAGACCAGUCGCAAAGCAAGGAUUGCGCAUACUCUCAAUGGAUGGUGGAGGCAUGAAAGGCCUUGCAACUGUGCAGAUUCUUAAAGCAAUUGAGAAGAGAACUGGAAAGCAAAUACACGAGUUGUUUGACCUCAUAUGCUGUACAUCAACAGGUGGCAUGCUUGCAGUUGCUCUUGGCAUUAAGCUAAUGUCCUUGGAUCAAUGCGAAGAGAUAUACAAAAAUCUUGGAAAAAUAGUCUUUGCUGAACCUGUGCCCAAAGACAAUGAAGCUGCAACUUGGAGAGAAAAGUUGGAUCAGCUGUAUAAAAGCUCAUCACAGAGUUUUCGAGUUGUUGUCCAUGGAUCUAAGCACAGUGCAGAUCAAUUUCAAAGGUUGUUGAAGGAAAUCUGUGCUGAUGAAGAUGGGGACCUGUUAAUAGAGUCAGCUGUCAAAAACAUUCCCAAGGUAUUUGUUGUAUCAACUUUGGUGAGCGUGACGCCAGCCCAGCCUUUCAUAUUCCGCAAUUAUCAGUAUCCUGCUGGUAGUCCAGAAGUGCCAUUUGCGAUUUCAGAGAGCUCAGGAGUCAAUAUGGUCAAUGUGUUAGGUUCACCUACUACUGGUGCUCAAGUUGGGUAUCAACGUAGUGCUUUUAUUGGAAGUUAUGUAAACCGCUGGCAAGAUGGUGCAAUAGUGGCGAACAAUCCUACUAUUUUUGCCAUGCGAGAAGCACAACUACUAUGGCCCGACACCAAAAUUGACUGCUUAUUUUCCAUUGGGCGUGGUUCCGUGCCAAGAAAGGUUCAGAAAGGUGGUUGGCGUUAUCUAGACACUGGGCAGGUGUUGAUUGAGAGUGCAUGCUCUGUGGACAAGGUGGAGGAGUCCUUGAGCACUUUGCUGGCUAUGCUUCCUGAUAUACAUUAUUUUCGUUUUAAUCCAGUCGAUGAACAUUGCGAUAUGGAGCUAGAUGAGGCUGAUCCAGCAAUAUGGCUGAAGUUUGAAGCUGCAGUUGAUGAAUAUAUCCAAAAGAAUUCUCCAGCCUUAAAGAGCAUCUGUGAGAGACUAAUUUUACCUUACCAACUUGAUGAGAAGUGGCUGGACAAUAUUAAAGCUCAGCAUUUCCCCAAGGCUAAAACAUCAAAUGCAGAUGAAAACAGUCCCUCUUUAGGCUGGAGGCGCAAUGUGAUACUUGUUGAAGCUUUUCAUAGUCCUGACUCUGGAAGACCUGUGUAUCAUGCUCAAACAUUUGAGUCAUUCCGUAAUAGUAAUGGCAUAAGGUUAUCUACCAUGCAAGGGAUAUCUCAAAAUGUGAAGACUGUGUCAUCAACAGCAUUCUCAACACCUUUUGCCUCUCCUCUUGUUACUGGAAGCUUUCCUUCAAGCCCACUUAUAUAUAGUCCUGAUUUUGGACCGCAGAGGUUUGGUCGUAUUGACAUGGUCCCACCCUUAAGUUUGGAUGGGAAGAUGGCUGCAUCGCCCCCAAUGUCUCCUUCAGGUCCCAGAAAGCUCUCUUUACAUGUCCAAUUGUUGCAUGAGAAGUUGCAGAACUCACCUCAAGUGGGGAUUAUACAUUUGGCCCUUCAAAAUGACUCCUGUGGCUCAAUCUUAAGUUGGCAGAAUGAUGUAUUUGUUGUUGCUGAACCGGGAGAACUUGCAGAAAAGUUUCUACAGAGUGUCAAACAUAGCUUAUUGUCAAUAAUGUGGAGCCACCACAGGAAGGGUGCAUCACUGUUUUCCAGCAUCACAACGGUUUCAGAUCUGGUUCGCUGUAGGCCAUACUUUCAGGUUGGGAACAUUGUCCACCGUUAUAUGGGACGCCAGACCCAAGUCCUGGAAGAUCAAGAAAUCUCAGCAUAUAUGUUUCGUAGAACAGUGCCUUUUAUGCAUUUAACACCUGAUGAUGUUCGCUGGAUGGUUGGAGCGUGGAGGGACAGGAUUAUAAUUUGCACAGGAACAUAUGGGCCUGCACCAUCUUUGGUUAAGGCAUUUUUGAACUCGGGUGCAAAAACUGUAAUAUGCCCUUCAGCAGAACCUCGGGAGACAGAACUGACAGUACUCCAAGGAACAGGAGAGCUCGAUGGGUUGGAAAAUGGAAGGUUUGAGAUUGGGGAGGAAGAAGCAGAAAAUGGUGAGAAUAUAGAGGAGGAACAUGGCAAUCCAGUGAGUGACCGGGAAGACAGUGACCGUGAUGAGAAAGGGGAACCUUCUAUGGGUUUUUGGGAGGAUGAUGAGGAGGAACUGUCCCAGUUCAUCUGUCAAUUAUAUGAUUCAUUGGUUCGGGAAGGCAUGAGAGUAGAUCUCGUUCUACAAAAUGCCCUUGCUUCACAUAGGAAGUUGAGGUAUUCUUGCCAUCUUCCCACUUUCCCAGUAUACAAUAGUUUGUCAAAUUACUAUAUACAAGAACAGAGAUUUCAAAAAUGAAUUGAUAAAA